AUGGAUUUCGCAUACGAUCAUAUUCAGGAGGAGAUCCUGACCUCGGGAAAAAUUGAGGACUCGACACAAGCUAAGAACGAACAACCAAGCAGCAACCUGAACACCGAGCUACAGGAAACCUUCCGGGCCUUUUCCGCGAGUCCCUGGGGGUCGCGCAUCGGAGGACUUUGGGAUAAUGUGCGCAAACAAAGCGAGAGCUACUACGAGGGCGCUCAGAAAGAAUACAACGCCGCGAGCGAGGAAGCUGUGAAAGGCUUCUCGGAUCUAAGAAACACCAUUGUCGAUCGGACAAAGGGGCUGUCGCUCAGCACGGUUGGACUCGCAGGAGGCAGCGACGCCCCUGUGCCAGUGGAUGGGUCGACCACACCUACGGCUGCGACGUCAGAAUCGUCAAAGAAACCGCCCCAAGAAGCCGGCGCCAGUGGCGACGGCUUCAUCUCACGGCUCAAAGCCGAAGCUGCGCGACGACUCAAAGAGAUCGAAAAGGCCGAAGAGGCUGCCGACGAAGCCAUUCUGCGUUUUGGCAUGAACAUUAGUCAAAAGCUCCGCGAGGCUGUCAGUAUCGUGCCGCCUGCGACCGAUGACUCCGGCAAGCUUCUCUUUGAAAGCAAGGAUGCUGAUGGCAAGCGAGUGAUCCAUGCAACUCGAUUUGAGGCCCAGCUCCAUGUCAUUCACUCCAACUUGGACAGCUUCACCAAGGAUCCUGUCAGCGACAAAUUUCCCGACUUCAAGGCGGCAUUCAACGUCGACGAUAAGACUGAAGAAAUUGCGAAGGACCUGGAAAAAUAUCCCGAAUUGCGAUCGACCAUGGGGAAACUCGUGCCAGAGUCGGUGGAGUACGCGGAAUUCUGGACAAGAUACUACUUCCUCCGUCUCGUUGUAGAGACGGAAGAGCAGAAGCGUAAAGAACUGCUGAAGGGCGCCAACGUCCAAGAGGAGGAAGAAGUAGGCUGGGGUGAUGACUCUGAAGACGAGUCUGAAUCUCCGUCCACUCCUCACGUCAAGUCCGAGAAACAAAAGACGCCCGUUAUUGAAGUUCAGGCUGCCGAGCCCCGUCGAUCCAACGACCAGCAGUCCCAGGCCGGCAGUGAGUCUAGCUACGAUCUUGUGAGCGGGACAGUGAGCCGAACUCCAGGUAGCCCAAAGGAGAAGAGCCCAACGGCCGAUGCCAAGGCGGACGACAGCGACGAGGACUGGGAAUGA